GAAACAGUCAGGCACAGGAUCCAAGGACUGUACAGCGGGGGCGACGAGCCUCAUUCAUCCGCUGUCAUUUGGGGAUUUAUCAUUUUUCGGCCAAAAGCAUCAGGAUUCUUCGCAGCAGGAGGGAGUAUAUACGAAGGAUCUCCUCUGUCUAUAUCUUAAUUGAAAAGCCCGCUCCCGACCACGUGGGAUGCCAAGUGGAACGCCGAGCUGGUACGUUUGGGGGAGAGUACACCGCUAGCAAGGUCACCACGUUGAACGCCGGGACGCUGAGGAGAAAUGACAUUACCAGCAUCGCCGCACGGACCCACAUCGCGGACCUCUGCUGCUACAACACUACAGGGUCUCCUGGGUGUAUCAGCAUACGUGGAACCAGCCAUGGUUGGACAGUAGACAAAUGAGAUAAAAACUACCCAGCCUGGAACAUAAAGAUGGCAGGUUGUGCACAGCUCACCGUGUUGAUAUGUUUGGCCAACUUGGCAGUCAUCGAGCCUUCAACUUCCAUAUUUGGCGUAGAGGUCACUAAAGAGCAACCUAGCUAUGAACUUACUAAGGACAAUUCAAUGAGGAAUUUCUCUGAGGAAACAUCAAGAUGGGCUUUAGAAGCACCAAAGGUUGAGACCUCUAACAUCCGCACCUGGACUCCAACAAAUCGUGAAGAAAUUAUUCUCACUAAACCUCCUGGAUCGUUGAUUGCAACAGCCGCAGAGGAGAAUAAACUAGAAAACGCCAAGAAGAUCUCAAAUGAAUUUACAUCUAAAAAAGCAGAUGACUUGCAAACUGUUGUGACAUCGUCAGAAGAACUUGGGCAAACACAUUUCAAACUCCAUCCAACUAUCUCCAGAAUCUCAGCAGAUAAUAUAGAAAAUAAGAGUGGAAACAAAGUUCUGCAUGAGGAAGACAUGAGCCACGUGAGACCUUUUUCUGAAAUCGUAGAAGAUGGCUUGCAACUAAAGAAUGAUGUGGAAACAGAGCACGACAUCAAAACAUUAACCACCGUCCGUCCGACUCUUUCCACCAUAACUCUGACAUCUACAGCCAUAUCGAAUUCACAUGUGGGAAAUGAUGGGCCUUUUACUCCAAUACAAAAACUUCAAAUAGAGAGCGGAGAUAAACAGGUGACCAAAGAACUGCUACAAAAUAGCCUAGAAUCUCAUGAAGGCCCUGGAACUCCACAAGGUCCAAAAGUCACUAUAGAAGACAACUUUCUUGAUGAUAAUACAAUUCCUAAGGUCCAUGGGGCGCUGCCUACAGAGAGAUAUCGAGCCGCGUUACGGACCACAGAUGGAUACUCAACUCUGCAAGACACCAUACCGGAAAGUAAUGAAGUUAUAUCCGCUGACAUUGAGUUUCCUCAUGAAGAUGGUGCACAUUAUCAGAAGGAUGGAAACGCAAUCUUUGAGGAGGCCUUCAACCCAGGGAACGAUACAGAAGGUCAAUAUCUGUCUCCUUAUGCACAGUCCAAGGAAACAGUCGAUGCAGUUGUACAAGUAAUUGAUGUAGAACCUUCUACAGACCCUUCUCACCAAUCUCAACCUUCAACACCACUGUCCACUUUACUGCCUCAUAUUAUGGAAAGUGACCUUUUCCAGGCCACUAUGGAUAUCGGAGAUCACAUAACAAUGGAGGCAAAAGCGAGAACGGAAACUGAGAGGAUAUUAUCCAUUGGGGAAGCUCAGGUCUCUUCUCGAAAGACCAACCUACAAGAUGUGAUGUUGACAUCUUCCCAAUCUCAUGAAACACCAACACCAGGAAUGCAAGUUCUUGGGAAAAAUCCUGAUAAAGCUCAGGAAGCAGAAAGACCCUCCACACAUCCCGGAAAAGUGACCUCGCUAACCCAAAGAAACCCUGUUAUUGGAAGUGCCCCUCCUGGACUGGUCAUGUCUACAACAUGGAGGAUGCUAGUGACAAAGCAGCAAGACCCAGUGCCUGGCACGUCACGAUCAGAAGAGACUUCUUCAUCUAAAGUGUCUCCGAAUGGAACCAGAAAGAAUGGGCGAAGAGGAGAAAUACGAGUCACCACUCAGAGAGCUCUACAUCGUCCUCAGCUCUUCGAUGUCCCAACCAACUACCCUUCCAAAAAGCCAACCUUGGACACUCCGAUGUGCUCCAAGAACAGCGGCACAUGUGAAUUUGUUGGAGCCAAUCAAACACUACUAAAGUGGGAUGACCUCCAACACACCCUAAGCUUUGCCUGGGAUAUGCACGUUUAUGGGACUGCUGCCCUCUUUUUGUUGCUGUCAGUGAUUGCGCUCAUCAACCUUAUUGGAUCUCCCAUUCUACGAGUCUCCUAUCUUCCUUACGUCAUUCUGGCCAAUGCCCUCUUGUUUGUAAUAGGAGUCCUACGAGGGGUGUUUUUUCUUCUUGAUCCCUAUGGGACAAAGAUGAAGAUUUCACAGCCUAUUGCCCUUGUGUUGUACAACGUCACAUUCCCACUUAUGCUAACGGCAUUUGCUACAUUGGUUCUGUUGGUCCUGAAGAUCGCCCGUCUACAAGUGCUACCCUCAAAGUUCCAGAGCCUUGCCUUGCUUGCCAUCAUAGCAGUCAUUCACUUCAUCAUCCUCCUAAGUGCAGAUCUCCUUACCCACCUUUUGAAUCCUUCCGUAAACAUGGUCUUACAGAUCCUCUCCAUUUCGUGGGGUAUUUUUUUAAUGGUUGGCAAUUUUGUAGCUUAUUUCCAGCUACGGAAGAGUAGUAAAGAGAUUGUAAAUGAGACACAACGAGUCUCGCCGAUUGGUGAGGACAUUGUGGUGGUUCAAACCCAAGGAAGGAGCAUCAAGUGCAUGUUUACAUCCUCCAGAGUGUUACUAGUAGGCAGUAUUUUUGGACUUCUGUGCUGUUCUUUGCAGGUAUAUGCCAUAUUGUGGUUGUACGGAUUACUCGGCAGGAACAAUGAAUUUUCCUGGUCCUGGUGGUUUCUGCAGUUCUGGUUUCGACUCUCCGAACUGGCUCUAUGCUUCUCUAUGGUCUUUGUAGCUUCCCACAGCUUCUGUCUACAGUGCAGUAAUAACGACCAUACUUGCUGGUCCAAAAUCAUCAGCUACUUCUGCACCUACAAGAAAAGUGAUGUUCCAGAGUAUCCAAACAACUGCUAUGACUGGACAAACAGUGUUCAAGACCGGAUGGUCAACAACAACAUCAGCAAAAGCAUCAUCCGCAACCAAGCUGAGAAUGUUCCACUGAGAAUCCUCAAGGAAAACAAUGAGACAAAGAUUAGCUACAUUGGUAACAAUAGUCAGUCAUCCUCUCCCCUCUUCAAAUCUAAGCCUGAAUUUGUUUUUGGGCCAAAAUCUCAAAAUGUGACCAUGGGACGCUCAUACACUAGUAUUUGUUUUGAGAAAGAGUCAAUGCUGUCACUGACAGAUCUGGAGUUUCGGCCACCAUCUCCUAUCAAUCUGAGCAGAAGCAUUGACGAGGCCUUGUUCCGAGAACAUCUGGUGAGAGACAGCAUAUUUCUAGAUUCCAGUCUCCAGUAUCCAAGCUACCUGACCAGACAGGAUUCUUGUUCGUCCUUGAAGGAAUGUUCUGCUUUGAACCAGACAGUUGACCCACUCAUUUCAGCGGACUUGAAAAUGAGAAGAUGCAGCAAUCCCGACUACAUGUACAGCCUGGCCAAGGAUAACGUCAACGACCAAGCGUCAUCGACCGAGGUUGACUCUCCAAGUGAAAGCCUUCAGCAAAGCAAAGAGCUUCCUCGUGAUCUAACCACCGACGCUGUGAUGUCUGUCAGCUCCAUGGACAGCGUUUCCAAAGGCUCGAUCAAAAUUAGUUGGAACCCUUGGCGACACGGACUAUCUUCUGUGGAAAGCCUUCCCCUCGAAGAUGCACCAACCACCCAACUUCUAAAGCAAGGGUCCCAACCUAGCAUCAUGUCCAAGACCAGUGAGCCUGAGAAAAGUUUUGGGAGGAGACUGAUGGAGAGAAGUCAAACCACAGAUUCCCACAGCAUUGCCAGCGAAACCAUUGAACUGUGAACCUAAAAUGGUGUAUUAUCUAGGAACUUGACGGAAAGGGAAAGGUGCCUGGUUUUUAUAAAUGUAAUAUCAACAAGGAGACACCAUGACCUCUAGUUGGAUAUUAUAUAUACGUGUAAUAAGCACACCGAGCGUCUGUGUUUUAGGCCAUAUUACUUCGUUUUGUUACAGAACUGUUUUCUAUGUAUUUAUUUUGAAUUGCAACGUGUGACUUUUUUCACUGGACUGCACAAGAUGGACACCUGCGACUUUGGUCCGUUAUGUUGUCUUCUGAAAGCACUUAAAGGCAGAAGUCGUGCAUUUCUGUCGGACUUAACCCUACGAAAUAGUAUUGUAUUGUUUGAAACGCCACCUGAAGGACGUAUGUAAAAAGUGGUACUGUAUGUGAUGAGGUACGAGUUCAACCGGAUGUUUCAAUGAGGCCUACACCAUCCUCCUGCAAUGCAGAGAGUUUGCAGUUUGUGGACUGCGGUUUAUGACAAUCAGACGAAAGGAAAUCUCAAAGCCUAGAAAAACACUACGAGGAACUGGAGGCAGCCACCACAUUAGUCUAUACCGCAUAUGUAUACUGCAAAUACACGCCAUUCAUAAUGCUACAAACCAUAAGGCUCCGAUGGGAAUUUUUACAUCAUAUCAUACAAACUUUGGGAAGUUCUCGUUACAAUAUACAUCUAUCUGUAUUAAGGUUUGGCGGUUAAUUCAGUGUAUUCUGGUCCAUCCGCAAUAACUGGGAAGUCUGCUGUUUCAGUAAUUCCUUCCUAUUAACGUGCUGUUCACGUAAAAAAAGAUGUAUUAAAGGGGUUCAAUAUUGAUGAUUGAUCCGUAGACUAGGUCAUCAGUAUCUAAAUUGAUAGGGUUCUGACUCCCGACACUGGUCUGGUGGGCGCAACAACCUCCUCACAGCGCCGUACAUUGUAUAGUGGCUGUGCGUGGUAUUGCAGACCCCGCACAUUUCUCUUGAAUGGGACUGAUUGGUGCCUUGGCCAUGUGACUGAUGAACGUGACCGUCAUUGGCCUAGGAAGAUGCUGCAGCGCAAUCUCUUCAAACAGGUGAUUAGUGGGAGUGCUGGGAGUCGGACCCCCACCAAUCAGAUAUCGUUGACCUAUCUUGAGGAUAGAAGUCAGAAAGAGACACUUCUUCUUUGCAAAUUUUCCCAAUUUUAUUGCAGUAUCAAUACAUAUGACGCACAUGCACAAGCACCGGCUGUGUGAAUCCGGAAUUGCGGUGCGGACCCAUCAAUUUGAAUGUAUCCGCGAUCUGCAAAAGAUAGGAUGUGUCCUAUCUAUUGUGGUGUGGAGGCACAGACCCGAAAGCCCGUUGAGGUGCUGUUGAGUGUUCCCGUGGGCGUUCGAUCCGGGCCUCCGCACCGCAAAAGAUUGCCGUAUCUUGCGGAUCGCGGACCCAUUCAAGUCAAUGGGACCGCAUCCGCAGCACGGAGCGCACACGGCCAGUGCCUGUGUAUUUGCGGUGCGCAACACGGGCAAAACGGGUCGUGUGAUUAAGCCCUUACAUGCAGAUUUUGUAGCGGGUUCGCUGUGGAUUUGCAGUACAUUUCACCAUAUGGAAUUUAAAAAAAUGGAAACUCGCAGCAUUUAAAAUCCGCAUCGCAAAAAUUCUGCGCAGAUAUUUUACGCGGUGUGUGGAUGAGGUCGUGCUGCUUCUGUAAACGGCAGCGGAUCUUUAACCACUAAUUCUGCAGUGCAGACUCCUUGUGUGAAUAUAUAGCGUAAUUUAACUCCAUCCUACCGACUUUCUUCUACUUCAAGGUGAAGGACAGUCUCUUACUUUCCAGGAGAGUUGUAUCCAGAAGAACGUUCCCUUCUUUGGCCUCGUGUCCACACUGAGGACCACGCAGGUAAAAAGAAUCACUGCCAGCAUUUCCCAAAUCAAGUCACGCCCCCUCUGAGUCAGAACUCCGCCCAAACACGCUUUGACUCCUCCCAGGGACAUCCUAACUCCACCCUCGUUUAGCUGACCCCUUUGCCGAAGACCUAAAUAUCCCAAUGUAGACUGGUUGCUGCUUGACAAAUCACAUAGAAGACUGUAGCUGUUCCCAAGCAACCAGACAUGUGUCCCAUGUGGAGAUAAGUAGGAAUUACCAUAGCAACUGGCAUUAUUAAUCAGAUUU